CCGCCCCCCUUGACGCUUUUUUCCAGGUCCAGCCUUGACAGUUGUUGUUACAGCGGGGACAAGGAUGGCAAGCCGGGGGUAGAAGGCCAGAACUUCGCCCUCAAAGAUCUGAACAUUGAUAUCCUUCCAGGUCAGAAGGUGGCCAUCUGCGGUAGAAGCGGCAGCGGCAAAUCCUCCCUCCUCCUCCUCCUCCUCCGCCUCCUCGACCCUAUUUCUUCCCCCGCCUCCACCAUAGAAAUCGACUCCCUCCCCCUCACCAAAAUCCACCGCUCCACCCUCCGCCAGCGCAUCAUCGCCGUCCCCCAAGACCCAGUCUUCCUCCCAGACGGAACCUCCUUCCAAGCCAACCUCGACCCGUUUGGGCUCGCCUCCGAAGAAGAAUGUCGCUCUGUGUUGGGGAUUGUCUCCCUCUGGCAGUCCUUUGUUUCGGAACGAGGCGGCCUGCAAGCGCCCAUGUCAUCAGACACGUUGUCUCAGGGACAAAAACAGCUUUUUAGCUUGGCGAGGGCGAUUCUCAGAGGACGGAUCCGUGCUAGAGACAAGGGGAAGCAAAACGAGGGAGGGGUGCUGCUUCUUGAUGAGGUUAGUUCUAGUGUGGAUAAGGAUACUGACGAGGCGAUGCAGAGGAUGAUUUUGGAUGAGUUUGCUGGGUAUACCAUUGUGAUGGUCAGCCAUCGGCUGGGUAUGGUGAUGAAUUUUGACAGGGUGGUUGUUAUGGAUGAGGGGAGGAUUGUGGAGGAUGGUAAGCCGAGAGAGCUUGUUGAUCAGGAGGGUUCGAGGUUUAGGGAUUUGUGGAUGGUGGGGAGGAGGAAGAGGAAUUGA